GAUCUAACCAACAGUCAUGGCGUCCAUGCAGGACAGCCUGGCACUCAAACCUUCCAAUGACUUCGCUCGCAGGACAAAGAUCUUGCUCAUGGGCACAAAGAGGAGCGGCAAGACUUCAAUUCAACAGGUUCUGUUCAACAACCUCCCGCCAAAGCAAACAUUCUACAUCGAGCCAACUAAGCGGAUCACGAAACAUGCCUUUGACACAUUCAUUCCUCUAGAAAUAUGGGAUUGUCCAGGCGACGUCACAGUCGACUCCCUCGAUACUCCGUUAUCCGAGUUCACAACAAUUCUGUUUGUCAUAGAUAUCCGAGCCCUUUAUCAGGAACCCAUUUCCAAACUCGUUGAAUUCAUGGUCGCAGCUCACCAAGUCAACCCUGACAUCAACUUUGAAGUCUUUUUACACAAGGCGGAAAAAUUGAUGGAGGACGAUAAAAUUGAAUACUAUCGGCUGAUACACGAAGGGGUAAUGGACCGUCUUGCGGAUGAAUCCCCUGAAUACGAACAAGUUCCAUUGAACUUUCAUCUAACAUCUGUUUAUGACCAUUCACUCCAAGAUGCUUUCUCUCACGUUCUCCAUAAACUUGUCGACUCACUUUCCUUUCUCGAAGACUUGCUCAAUAUUUUUUGUUCUAAUACGUCUUCCCCAAAAGCAUUUUUAUUCGAUACCACUAGUAGGUUAUAUGUAGCUACAGAUGCAUCUCCAGUCGAUCAAGCGACUCACAACCUGUGCUGCGAUUAUCUAUACAUGUUGAAUGCAUUCGGACCACUGUUCAAAUCCAAUAUGACAAACGACUCGAGUCCUCCCGACCAGUCCCCAUCAACACCGCCACCUACAGCGAUCACUUCCCCAUCGACAUCUCUUGCGUCCCCAAACCCCAUUCAUCCAAAUAUAGGUCCUCCGACCGUCUCUAAUCUCCCAAAGACAUUGCCAAUGACACCAGGCUCGAAACCAGUUUUUUAUCCUUCUGCGUCUACCUCCCUGUCGCCCUCACAUCCCGGUACGACGCUCACAUACCAUCUGGUGACCCCUCACCUGGCUCUGCUUGCCCUUCUGCCAAGUGAAGUGUACGAGAUGCGGAGAGGGCUAGUAGAAUGGAAUGUAGUGUGGUUUAGAGAAGGAAUAAGGGAAAUUUGGGAAGUGGAAAGAGAGGGUCGAAGUGGAAAGGGCCCAUGAUUAAGGAAUGUAGGGUGUAGUAUGUUGCCCUCGAUUGCAAUGGAUGGUCUUAUUUAUGAUAUAUAGCUACCACUGUAGUACAAUCUACAGGAAUAUUUUGGCAUAAAAUUGCCACGUCGUAUUU